AUGGCCGAAAGAGGUGGAAGGAACGAUGAUGCAUUUGCUGAGGCUUUAGGAAUGCUUGCUGGUGUGCUGGGAGGAAAUCCCAACGGAAAUGGAAUUGGUACUAAUAGGAAACUGGGAGAAUUUCAGAGGAACAACCCCCCGUUGUUCAAAGGCACGUACGAUCAUGAAGGUGCCCAUAAAUGGCUUAAAGAAAUUGAAAGAAUCUUCCGGGUUGAUUGUAGUAGGAUCUUCAAGGAAGAUAUUAACAAGUCAAAGUCAUCCAACUCUCACGAGUUGGUUGAUAAAAGAGGAAUGAAACAUAUGGAUCAAGGUAAACCGUAUGGCAGAGGCAAUCAGAAAUCUGGUGGUUGGAAAAGGCCUAGUGGGGGAUACUCUAAUUCUCCUGUUAGGUGCUAUAAGUGUGUGAAGACUGUGACUUGCUACAAUUUCGGUGAAGAAGGUCAUAUCAGCCCACGGUGUACUAAACUAAAGAAGAACCAAUCUGGUGGAAAAGUUUUUGCUUUGUCUGUGUCAGAGACUACUCCUGAGGAUCGGUUGAUUAAAGUAACUACUUCAUUUGCUUGUUUAAAUUGUCCGAUUGAUAUUUUUGGUUGGGAGUUCAGGAUGGACUUAGUGUGCCUUUCGUUAGAACAACUCGACAUUAUUCUGGGGAUGAACUGGUUCGAAUUCAACCGGGUUCAUAUCAAUUGUUUUGCGAAGACCGUUAUUUUCCCUGAUGUUGUUAGUGUUGAGAACUUGGCUAUGACUUCUAGACAAGUAAGUGAAGCUGUUGAGGACGAUGUUGCUGUGUUUAUGUUGUUUACAUCGAUGGAAGUAAAAAUAAAGCUGGCGAGUAGUGAGUUACCAAUGGUAUGUGAAUUUCCGGAAGUUUUUUCAGAAGAUGUGAGAGAGUUGCCAUAUGAGAGAGAAGUAGAGUUUGCUAUUGAUUUGAUUCCUGGAACUAAACUUGUGUCGAUGGCACCAUAUCGUAUGUCGGCAUAUGGGUUGAUUGAAUUGAAGAGUCAAUUAUAA